AUGGAGGAUGCGGAGAUUCGGAGCGACGACGACGAAGAGCGAAGGGAUUGGGACGGGGAAGAGAGGUUAGCGCACGUGAGAGUUGCUCUUGACCUCUUGUUAUCACAUACAUACGUACGUCGAUCUGUCACGCCGCCGACGACGACGACGAUGGCCGAUCGAGGCAUGGAUGGUCUCACCGGGUCGGCGACCGUCGUGGUCUCCGGCGAGAGCCUGGACGGCGCCUUGGCCUCCACGUCCCGCCCGUUCCGCGCCAUCCGGUCCUUGCCCUUCGCCGCCGGCGGGCACCAGUGGCGCCUCUUGUUCUACCCAAGGACGGUGUUGAGCGGCUUCUUCGCCGCCGGUGCCGAGCUCCUCACCGGCGGCAAGGUGAGGGCGCGCUUCGUUGUCACCGCCUCCGUCGGGCCCGUCCAGCGUGUGCUGGUACGGACGUCGCCGCCGGUUUAUUUCGACUACUCCGACGCGGACAUCCAAGUCGUGUACCAGAACAGGGGCUGGCUCAGCGAGAUUGAGCCGAUGGUCGCCGACCAUGACCUCGCCGUCGUGUUCGAGAUGAAGCUCACCGUCGUCCCGGAUGAGCCGCCGCCGGCGGAGGACAGGGACAGCGCUGCCGCCGUCGGUCGGAUGGCCGACGACGUGCCGCCUUCCGACAUGGCGCAGCAGCUCGAGGAGGUGUUCAACAGCAAGGAGGGCGCGGACGUGGCGUUCUCCGUCGACGGCGAGCACUUCGCGGCGCACCGGGUCAUCCUCGCGAUGCGGUCGCCGGUGUUCAGGGCGGCGGUGUACGGGGGGAUGAAGGAGAGCGACCGUGGGAGCAGCGCGCCGCCGAUCACCGUCGACGAAAUCCGCCCCGCCGUGUUCGGCGCGCUGCUCCGCUACAUCUACACCGACUCCCUCCCGCCCGCGAUCACCCGCACCGCGGCCGACGACGACGACGACGUCGACGAGCACCAACAGAACGGCACCGGCACCGGCAACGACGACAUGACGUGCGACCUCCUCGUGGCCGCCGACCGGUACGGCGUGGAGAGGUUGAAGCUGAUCUGCGAGCGCUCGCUGUGCAAGAGGCUCAACGCCGGCAACGUCGCCGACUUGCUCGCCAUGGCCGACAGGCAGCACUGCAAGACCCUGAAGGAGGCUUGCAUCGAGUUCAUGGCGACGUCCGGAAGGAUGAACGAGGUGGCGGCGAGCCAAGGGUAUACUCAGCUUCGUAGUUCUCGCCCUUUGCUCUUGCUCGAAGUUUUGGAGAAGUCAGCCAAAUUUUGUAAAGAUUAAGAGUGUGUUUGGUUUGUAGAGUAGAUGAGAUAAGUUGGUUCCAUACCAAAUUUACAUGAUAGGUUGGUAGGAUAGAUUGAUCCCUUUAUUUUUAUUUCAUUGGAGGGGUGAGAUGGAAUAGAGUGAACUCGUUUCUUCUUUGGUUUAAGGAACGGAGAUGAGAUGACUAGA